AUGUGUGUUAUGAAGGAUAACGAGGAUAACAACGAUAACGAGGAUAACGAGGAUAAGAGUUCAAGGAUAAGAAACACGGAUAAGAAACGGAUAAGGAUUUAUCAGCUCGAGUUCUCCGCUUCAUCCAUUCUAUCCACUUCUUCUAGAACGAAUUUCCAACUUUUAGAAGUAAGACAUUUCGUAAAGAAACCCCACGAACAAGAAACCCGCGAUAAAACUCAGGUCUUCCCUAUCGAAUCCUUCUUCCAAGCUUGGAAUGUAUAA